AUGAGGGCUGAUGAUGCAGUGGGCCUAGUGUCCAGUAGUGAACAGAGAAGCGAGCUUUCAAGUGACUUGACGCGUGAGGAGUCUGCAUUUACGGCGCCAUACGACGUAUCGUCCUCGACUUUAGAGGAGAAGAGUGUCCAGAGGUUACCUACAGCUUUUGCCAGAACUCUUUCAUCCAUUCCUAGCUAUGCUCAGGCCAGGAAAGGCAAUAAGGCACCUGAUUCGCAUUUAAAAUUUGUGGUUGUGGGCGAUGGAGGUGUGGGAAAGACUUGUUUAUUGAUCUCGUAUGUACAGAGACAAUUCCCAACAGAUUACGUGCCAACAGUGUUUGAGAACUACGUUACGAAGAUUGAAGGUCCAAGAAAUAUGAUCAUAGAGCUGGCUUUAUGGGACACUGCAGGACAGGAAGAGUAUAAUCGUUUAAGGCCAUUAUCGUACUCUGAGGUAGACAUUCUGAUGGUAUGUUACUCCAUUGAUAAUAAGACAUCUUUGCAAAAUGUGCAGGACCUGUGGAUCCCUGAAGUAAAGCAUUUUUGCCCCGAUGUGCCUAUCAUGCUGAUAGGGCUCAAGUCCGAUCUUUAUGCGCGUGAAAACAUUGAUGACCUUGUAGACCCCAGACGAGCAGAAUCACUGGCCAAGAGUCUCGGAGCUUUCGUACACGUUCAAUGCUCAGCCAAGCUAAGAAGCGACAUAGACGCAGUAUUUAACGUGGCUCUCACAACAGGUUUGCGAGAUGUUCUCGCGGAACAGAAGGACGUCCCGCAAUUGUUGAAGAACCCAUUCAAGAAGAAACCGGCUCUCAACAGGACAAAGGAAACAAAUAAGACCAAAAAGAAGAAAGCAAGCCGGUUUAGCUGCACUGUACUAUAA